GCACCCAAGGACAAGCCGUCCAAUUCAAAUAAACGAAAGCUCCUUGACGACAGCGACUCAGAAUCAGACGAUGGAGCUGCCAUUGGAAGCUCGAGCUUUAAGGUGAACGAAGAAUAUGCGCGCCGUUUUGAGCAUAACAAAAAGCGCGAGGAGAAGCAAAGAUUGGAAGAAAAGAUCAAGAGGGAAGAGGAGAAUGAUGAUUCGUCUUCCACCGAUGAGACAGAAGACGAAGAUGGUUUCCUUGCAACGGAAGACCUAGACGUUCAAAUUUCUGCCACACUACAAGCAAUUCGAAACAAAGAUCCCCGCGUCUACGACAAGGAUGUUACCUUCUAUAACCCCGAUGACGAGAACGCCGACACAAUGACCAAAGAGAAGAAAGAGAAGCCUGUUUUUCUCCGCGACUAUCAGCGAGAGAAAUUGUUAAGAGGCGACAUUGGUGGCUCAGAUGACGAGGAGGAGGCACCAAAAACAUACCAACAAGAGCAGGACGCAAUUAAAAAGUCCCUUCUGUCUGAGAUUAACGCUGCCAAACCUGAAGAUUCUGAUGAAGAGGACGAGGAUGAGGACGGCUUCAUCAAACGAAAAGAGCCAGCACAAUCAGAUUCAAACGGUCUACACCCCUCUAGAGCAAAGGCCGUGAAGCUCUCUGAAGUCGACGUGAAUAAUGCAGACAGGGAUCCGGAAACAUUUCUGUCGAAUUUCUUGGCCGCGAGAGCUUGGGUAGCGGAUGAGGGCUCAAGAUGGGAGGCCUUUGAGUCUGAUGAUGGAGAAGAGGACAACCGGGCAGAAGAAUUUGAACAGGCCUACAAUUUGCGAUUUGAGGACCCAGAAAAGAGCAACGAGGUUCUAAAAUCAUAUGCCAGAGACUUUGCGGCUGCGCGAUCCGUCAGACGAGAGGAAAAGACUGGCAGAAAGCGCCAGAGAGAGCUUGAGCGCGAGAAGAAGGAGGCAGAGAAGGAGCAACUCCGUGAAGACAAGGCCCGGUUACGAAAGCUGAAGCUCGAGGAAACCGAGGGCAAGCUUCGCAAGAUUAAGCAGGCGGCCGGAGCGUUUGGUAAGGAGUUGACGGAUGAGCAGUGGAUGAAGUUCCUGGAUGAUGCGUGGGAGAACAACAAGUGGGAGGAUGAGAUGAAGAAGUGGUUCGACGAGGGUUACUACGCUAUCAACGAAGCCAAUGUCGCUUCAGAUGACGAUGAGAUGGACGUUGAUGGGGAAGGCGACGACAAAAAGAGCAAGAAGAAGCGUCCCAAGAAGCCCAAGUGGGACGACGACAUCGACAUCAACGAUAUCAUCCCCGAUUUCGAAGAUGGCGAGGCAAAGCCAAACAUCGCCUUAUCAGACGACGAAGCACAAGACGCCAAUGAGGAUGACGAAGACGAGCCAUCCGCCAAGAAGCUCAAGUCGUCAGACCACAAGAAGGCCCGUCAAGAGUCCCAGAAGAAGGCCCGCCAAGAGCGCUCCAAGCUCGAGGCCCUUGUCGACGCCAAGAUGCACCUCACAGACCACGACGUGCUCAAGGGCAACGGCUCCGGCGGCUUCCGGUACCGCGAGACCUCGCCGCAGGCCUUUGGCCUGACGGCGCGCGACAUCUUGCUCGCGCCGUCGGACAAGGUGCUCAACGAGUUCGCUGGGCUGAAGAAGCUCGCCACGUUCCGCGACGUGGAGAAGAAGCGCCGGGACAGGAAGCACCUGGGCAAGAAGGCCCGGCUGCGCCAGUGGCGAAGGGAUGUCUUUGGCGGCGAGUUUGAGCAUACGGGGCCGACGUAUGGGUUUGAGCGGGUGGUUGCGAAGGAGGUCGGCGAGGAGGAGCCCAAAGAUAAGAGGAGGCGAGAGAAGAAGAGCAAGUCAGUAGCAAAGGACGGCGAGGAGGUGAGCAACAUUAUCGGGGAUGUUGACGGGACGAGGAAGAAGAGGAAGCGGUCAAAGGGGAAGAAGGCUGCCAAGGGU